UCGUUGAGCUGGCUUUUGCGGAGCAUCCUAUUCUGCCCCUCGUCGUGUCCAAAACCUCCUUUAUGCAACAACACCGGCAGGAAUCCCUUGAGCCGUGGAUCUUCGACCUUGUCCUGACAGAGGGCCUAGCUCGACUGAGUCGGUCUCAGCGUUGAUCAGACGUAUAUGACAGCCUUCCUUCGAGCGAGGAGAUCCUCCAUCAAGCGGCUAGUGCCAUGCUUAGUGUUUCAGCCACCCAGCCCUCGUUGUCUAUCGCACAGGGACUCCUCCUGACAGCUUGGCGUCUCUUGCUCAAUGGUCGCGCUAGAAGAGCCUCGAUUAUGCUAGGACAGUGCUGCGCCGUCGUCAAUGCACUCCUCGACCUCUCUUCCCAGAACUCCGACGGAUCGAUCGCUUUGACAGCAGCGACGGGAGCGGCAGCGGCGACAGCGAUGGUGACGGUGACAGAAGUGCGCAUCAACGGCAUCGACGUUGCACAACUUGAGCUCGAGCUUCUUGGCAACAUCUACUGGAUCGAGCAGAGCCUGCUUUUGUGGAUGUCACAAUCUCUUAACGUCGGCGUGCCUGGCUACUCCUCGCCGACCUCGCCGGCAGCUCUUCCCCCGCUCGACGAGCACAGUAGCCUCGUCUUUGAGCUCGACUACACCAGCGGACACUUCACCACGUUGUCCAAUCUGGCGCGAGGGAUCCAGCAGCUGCGUGCCCUCGCUCAUGUCGACUGCCUCGCCAUGUCGCUCGACAAGCGCUACCGGCGCUGCGCCUGCAAGCUUGCCGAUGGCUCAUCGGUCGAUCGGGACGCCUUCAAGGCGGUGCAGGAACUUAUUCCGAAAAUCAAAGACGAGGUUCAGAAUGCACUGCCGCUUUCCCAUGCCAGCAAGCACCCCUACAGCGUCGUCAAGCCCGCGUACCUGUCCUUUCUGCUCUGUGCCUCGCUCGUCAAGAGCCCAGUAGCGGAAUUUGACCUGACGGUGGGAAAUGCAAAUGAGACGAGGAAGACGGUACUAGAGGUCGGCGAGCAUCUUGCGAAAAGCGUAAUGGAGCACGGUGGCGAUGACGAGGAAGGACUGAGACGGCGGAUAGUUCCGUUAACAGCCUCGUACUUCAUCGAAGCCCUCUCGCUCCUCUACUCUCAGCAGACAGCGCAAGAAGGAGAGGUAGCAACUAUACGACCAACCCUCGCUGCCCUCUGGGUCUUUUUGAAAAACGACGACACGAGGGCAGUCAAAGGCAAGGUACAAAAGGUGGCCAGACGACUGCAGCUCGAUCUGUCAGUUGCUGCUGCUCAGAUGAAGAUACAUCAGCAACUUUUUGCGGAACGCGGGCGAUGUCAACAGAAUGCGGAACCAAAGCUAGCACCAUCUAACACAUCCUCACGCGCGUCCGUGUCGGAAGAAGAGGAGGACAGUGAGGAAGAUGACAGCCAGGAGCCCGGCAUGGAAGAUCCUACGGCCGUACAAGCAUCAUUUACGUUCCGAAAGAGGAACUCUGGACCAACAUCGGCCUGGUCUCCCUUCUCGUCAGCCUCGUCAUCUUCUUCGUCAACGACGUCAUGUGUGGCAAUGCCGUUUGCAAGCAUGCGCCAGACUUCCCUGCUUCCCCCUCCAUGCUUUUCCCUGCCGACGCCUGUCCCAGCUCGUACCACUGGCUUCUCCGAUGUCAACCAGCAGAGGCACCUGCGCGACACACUCUUACCCUCCGCCGCCUGGGCGAGCACACCUGGCCGGGCGAGGAGCAGCAUCGGCUCCCAGCCGGCACAUUACCUGUUGCACACCAAGGGGAACGGAACGCUACAGCCGCACGGCGUGCUGCAGGACUUUGCCGAGGUGCUCAAUCGAGCUACGCUGGCUCCAUUGUCCAACAAGCGCAAGUCGCCGUCGAUGAGCGACGACGAGGACGAGGAUGCUUUGGGAGGUGGAGACGACGAGGACGAUGACGAGGAAGAGGAAGGAAAGGCAAGGCGGCGUGGUUAACAGGUCAAAAGGCUGUCGUGCUAGUUGAGCCGGGUGUUCAUAGAUUCUCCUCGUAUUUAUGUUGGUCGCCAGAACCUCCUCGAUGAAAGAUUGUUUCACAGGCAUGUCCAUGUAUUGAAUGACAACA